UUCUUCUUAAAUCAUCCGUUUCUUGCAGUGUCGUUGUCGCAACAGAACAGUCCUAGAAGAAGCCUGAUACCGCAGCCCACUUACCGUCAGCGGUCCACUUCCUUGACGAAGGUCAACGAGCGUUCACCAUCGCCAAAGAUCGGUCGCCGGAUCGAUUCGAGAACGCGACUGAACGUCUCGGACUCGCGUCGGUUGAACAUGGCCGAUUCCAAGUCGCGGCUGAACGACUCGAAGACACAUCUGAACAAGUCCGACUCCCGAAGUCGUACGAACCUCACUGAGACCAAGGCUCGUUUCAUCUCCAACUCCACCAGCAACCUCAACGGUAACUCGACGACGACGCGUCGGCAGCCGAUGACCAAAGGAUCGACGCGGCUCUCGCCGAUUCAAGGCACCCCGACGAAACCAGAGAAGACGAUCUCUCGAUCGAACGUAAGAGGGAAAGACACCACGAGACAAUCUCCCACGAAGAUGUCAAGAACGUCGUCGCAGAAGAACAAUGCCGCCGCCACUCGAAGAGACGGUCAGAGCAGAAGUCCCAGCAAGGAGCGUCUCCUUUCACCGUCGAAGAUUCCCUUGAAGACAAACAAGGUGAACGGCUCGUCGAACACCGGCAGGUUUAUUUCCAUGCCCGAGGAGAGCAACGGAAAGGCGGAUAGGAUUAUAAAGGAAGGCAGCAGCGACAAGCAAACCGAUCAGUCCGUUCAGAACGGCCGAUCAUCCGAAAAUCUGAGUUCGAAGGAAAACGGAAUGGAUGGGAACUCGGGCAAUGUAGACGACGUGGCUCUUAUAGAUCUUCUGAAGCAAACUUCACAGGCGACCGGCACAUCCAGCGAGCGUCUGGUGAAUACCACGACGACUACGGCUGUGCAGCCAUUGCACAUCGACGCGAAUGCCCUUCUCGUGGAACAGAGAGAACAUCAGCCCGAAGGAAUAUCCAAGUCUUCGAUUUCUCCCACAUCGAAGAGCGAAUCGCCGUUGCCCGUCCCGGCAUCGAAUGCGGCAUCGAUCAGCCAGAAAUCCUCGCCGAUGAUCGAAAACCAAUCGGUUAAGGCGAGUCAAGCGAUCGGUUCUGGAAACGAUAAAAAGGAUUCUCCCAUCGGCGUGAGAAGUAGCACCGGAGGUCACUCGAAGAACGGCAGCGUCGGUCAAUCCGUCAAAAACGUCAAGAUGAACGACGAAAGUUCGGCGCAGCAGCGUUCCAGCAAUCAACCUUCCGCCAAUCAGCGUUCCGGCAAAAACAAUCAAAAUACUCGCGGAUCCAGGCCAAAUGACGGGAAAGCUCCGGAGGAAUCGGAAGGCUCUUCGAUGACUUCGGCAGAAGUUAAGAACGGUUCCGCCGGCAAUAAGACGAUGGCCGGUCGUGAGGUGCCGGCGAACGACAAGAUGCCGACGGUGAUGGAGAACGAUUUGAAGGUCAAAGCGGCCGAGCAGGCGGGGACGACGACGAAUAACGGAGCGGCAGUAAGCGGCAACGCGACGAACAACGUGGCGAAGAGCAACAACAAUGUGAGUCCCGGGGUUGGUGCAGUGAACGCAAAUGUGAACAGUGACGCCGUGACCCGAACGAGGAAAAACGAGAAUCGCGGCAGCGACGCGUCCUUGAAAUCAUCCACCGGCGUGUCCACGGACUCGAUCGAGAGUGUGAGGUCGACGGACACGGGGGUUAGCGUGAAUACGGUCAGGGGGGUGUCUUCGCCGAGGGAGAAAAUGGGCCUGCAUAUGGUGAAGCGAUCACAGGAGAUCGAGACCCUCAGCGGCAACAUCGUCCGCGUCGAGCAGAACGGAGAGCCAGCUGUCCUGGCAUCGAGUAACGAGAAGCAACGUGAUAGCGAAAAACUGUUGGCACGUUGGGGAAGGUCCUUGAGUCAAUACUGUAAGUGCUGCUCCGGUAUGAGAUGCCUGGCCUGCCGCAGGGACCCCAAGGGUCUUUUGUGGACCAGGAAUCAAGGAAGGACGACGGUGGCCAACAAUACCCCAUCGCCUGUUGCAACCCCCACGCUCGAUGCACCGCCACCCGCAACGAACACAUGCUGGUCGAAAUUAAAGGCGCGAUGCAGAUGUGCUCGUCUACGAGAGAGAUUCCAAGAGAUUAAAUGUUGCACGAGAAAAUCGAGGGUCGCCCCCGCCGAGCGUGCCGUUUGCUGCCCGCCGGAGAGAAGAUGCGGUGCGAUCUGUCGUCGCAUGUUCGGCUGUUGCAGCGGCAAAUGCAGCUGCAAACGCGCGGACACGCAACAACGCACAAGAAACACACGUGCCAAGCACAGUCUCACAAGCGUAGCGCCACCGCCCCUGUCUGAGGAACCGAAAUCUAAGAUACCGGAUGUGUUGGUGGAGCACAAUUCUGUCAUGCGUGGCGCUAUUCCUUGUCUACCCGUUCCCCUCGCCUGGUUCUGUUUAGUCUGGAACGUUCUAUUGCCGGGCACCGGAACCGUUUGGAGUGGUCUGUUCAAUCUGUGCACCGGACAGCCGAGAUUCUCUGCCGUUGCCGGAGUGAAAUCACGACUUGGUGCAUUUAUCGUCAAUCUCAUCGUGGGCGUGGGCCAAUUAUUUACCGUUCUGUUCUGCCUCGUUGGAUGGGGCUGGAGCAUUUGGUGGGGCGUCACCAUGGUUCGCUUGGCUAGGAAAUACAAGAGGUUCAAGGCUUCGGAAGCCGCCAACAACGACCCUGAGGCCAGAGGGGGUGAGGCAGCUCCCUUACCUCCCGGUGUGCCGAGUCAAGCCCUGCGAGGGAUGGAGAGGGCGCGAUGAUGCAUUUUUAAUGAAGAUAGAAGCGCGAUCGUCCUCCGGUUAUCUAAAGAUAUUUUGUAUCUCGUUCGACAAGUCUUCGCGUAUCGUUUAAUGUCGAUCAUUCCGAAAUGAAGGCUAUCGUUCGUACGAAUAAAAUUUUAUUGCGAAUAUAAGCAUCUUGUACAAACGGUUAUAUAUUUGUGAAGACGAUAUAUAUUUGUGAAAACAAUUAGUCGAUAAGAACUUUCCUCGGUUGCGAUCGAGUUAAUUAAGAAGCUUACGACAAUAACAUGUUAAGCCGUACGGAA